CAACUUUAUUGUUCUGUCAAUAGCAGAUAGCGACGAACAACGGGCUGACGCUACUGCCUUUGAAAUGGCGUUGAUGUAGUUCAGUACGUUGUUAUUUAUAGUUAUUAUGCACGUUUUGGUUGUUUGAGUUAGUGGUUUUGUGUUCCAAUUAAUUUCUGGACUUGACUUUUAUACUUUGGGCAUAACGGAGUUGAUAAACAAAAAUGUGGUAAACCAAACUGCUAAUAAUUUACGUUGUAUAAUAAGGCCGCAGCUACCCCCGGGCUUGCUUAGGGAUUACAACUGCUUUUCAAUGCGUGGCCUGUCGCAGCUCAUGUCGGCUUUAAAUGAUUCCUGGUGGACGUGUGUAUCAGUAACAGGAAUCUCGAAGUGAAGGGACAGACUUAACAGUUCUGUUGAAAAGCAACUUUACCUGGACUACAUUGUUGAUAUAGCCUUGUUUGUUUGUUAUGACCAUCUGAAUUAGAUUUUAACAUCUUAAAAUCACUAACUGUUGAAAGCUAGUUCACACAUGCACACAACAUGGCAUCAGUGCCAGUGUACUGCUUGUGUCGCCUACCAUAUGAUGUCACGCGCUUCAUGAUUGAGUGUGACAUUUGUCAAGACUGGUUCCAUGGAAGCUGUGUUGGAGUGGAGGAGGACAAAGCAGCUGAGAUUGACCUGUAUCACUGCCCCAACUGUCAGGUCACCCAUGGGCCCUCUGUCAUGCGCAAACGCCGUGGAGGCAAUAAGCAGACAGAUUAUGGUGCUGCUGGAGCAAGAGAUCCAAGUCGGCCUGUUAAGACAGGCAGUCCACAGUUUGUUAGGGAGCUACGGAGCCGCACCUUCCCAAAUGCUGAUGAAGUCUUGCUAAAGCCGUCUGGGGCUCAGCUGACAGUUGAGUUCCUGGAAGAGCAUUCAUUCAGUGUUCCUGUCAUGGUGCUAAGGCGGGAUGGCCUUGGUAUGACCCUUCCUCCAUCAUCAUUCAGCGUCAGUGAUGUCGAGCACCACAUCGGCGCAGACAAAGAGAUUGAUGUAAUUGAUGUGUCUCGUCAGUGUGACCUGAAGAUGCGGUUGGGAGAUUUUGUUGAAUACUACAACAGUCCCAACAGAGAGAGAGUGCUUAAUGUCAUCAGCCUGGAGUUCUCUGAGACGAGACUAUCAAACUUGGUGGAGACUCCAAAGAUUGUGAGGAAACUGUCAUGGGUGGAAAACCUCUGGCCUGAAGAGUCUGUGUUUGAACGCCCUAAUGUGCAGAAGUACUGCUUAAUGGGAGUGAAGGAUAGCUACACAGACUUCCACAUUGACUUUGGAGGCACUUCAGUAUGGUACCAUGUCCUGAAGGGCGAGAAAAUCUUCUAUCUGAUUUCCCCCACCCCAGCCAACUUGGCACUUUUUGAGCGGUGGAGUUCCUCAUCUAACCAGAAUGAGAUGUUCUUUGGAGACCAAGUUGAUAUGUGUUACAAGUGCUCUGUCAAACAAGGAAACACCUUGUUCAUUCCGACAGGCUGGAUUCAUGCUGUACUGACUCCAGUCGACUGCCUCGCCUUUGGAGGAAACUUCUUGCAUAGUCUCAACAUCGAUAUGCAGCUGCGGGCAUAUGAAAUAGAGAAGAGAUUAAGCACAGCAGACCUAUUCAGAUUUCCCAACUUUGAGACUGUGUGCUGGUAUGUUGGAAAGCAUCUUCUUGAUACUUUCAGAGGUUUGAGAGAAAACCGCAGACACCCUGCCACUUACCUGGUUCAUGGAGCUAAGGCCCUUAACAAUGCUUUCCGCAGCUGGACCCGUAAAGAGGCUUUAGCAGAGCAUGAAGUAGAAAUUCCGGAAACCAUUAACACUCAGACACUAGUGAAGGACUUGGCCAAGGAGAUUCGUCUGGUUGAGGACAUCUUCCAGCAAAACAUUGGCCGCACCGGACCUCAGUUUCCUGGCUCACCACUCUCUAAAGCUCCCCUGACCACCUCUCAGAAUUCAGGACGCCCCCCUGGAAAAAAGAAAGGACCCAAGCCCAAGGAAGUGUUAGGGGGUCUUGGGCUCCCAGGAACCAAGAAGAAGAGCCAGAAAGGGCUACUUAAGGCAGAAGCAGGAGAACUUGACCUCAUUGAGAUUCACACCAAACAUACGCUCAAAAAAUUUCAACCUGGGAAAUCCAAAAACAAGAACAAGUUGGAUAUGCCUUUAGAGGAGUUUGAAGGAAAGUUAAAUAAAAGCAAACUGAAACUUGUGUUGACAAAUGGGAAAAUUCAAGGUAAGAAGGACGGCAGCAGCAAUGGUGCAGGAAGUGCAGGAAAGUACAAACAUCUUGCCAUGGAGGGAUCAAGUUUGUCUGACUUGGAGUCCGAGGACGAGCUUCAGAUUGAUGAGACCCCUCCUCCACGACGUAAGCCUGCAGGACCUAGCAAGAAAAAGAAAUUAAGUGGUCUUCCCAGGAAGCUGCCGAGAGCCAAACCCUGCUCUGACCCCAAUCGCGUCAGGGAGCCUGGAGAGGUAGACUUUGACAUUGAGGAGGAUUACACCACAGAUGAAGAAGCACUAGCUGCUCAUGGGGUGAAGGGUGGUGCAGGAGGCAUUCUGGACUUAUUGAAAGCCAGCAAGCAAGUGGCGGGCUUGGACUCUGCAGCACUCAGUGAGGAAGCCCCCGCCUCUCCAAGUACCCGUGAUGCCAUUCAGGGUAUGCUGUCCAUGGCCAACCCCCCUUCCUCGUCCUCGUCUUCUUCCUCUUCGUCUCCCUUAUCUAUUUCUGGAGGCCUUACCGAGGGAUUGGGGAAGGUCAAGGAAAAAGGUGGCAGGGCUGUAUGGGUGACGGGAGGGGUCAAAAAGACAGGAAGUCCCGAAAAGAAACCCGUCAUCGAGCGGCCUGGUAAACGGCCAAUUAAACGACCAGCCCGUCACCUCAGUGAUGAGGAGAGUCCAGAUGAGCAAGAGACUCUGGGAACCUGUUUUAAAGACUCAGACUAUGUUUACCCAUCCUUGGAGUCUGAUGAGGAGGACCAUGCCAACAAGGCUAAGAUGAAGCGAAAGAAAAACUGGGAUGACACACCUUGGAGUCCAAAAGCCAGGGUGAUGCCUACCCUUCCCAAACAGGAUCGACCAGCCAGGGAAGGGGCCAGAGUCGCAUCUGUGGAAACUGGACUAGCAGCAGCUGCUGCCAAGCUGGCACAACAAGAACAGCAAAAGCCUGCUAAAAGGAAGUACACCAAAAAGCAGCGUCCUCCUGCUCCUGUAGUCACUCCUCUCCCUGUUCAGACUGAGCCAGCCCCACCUUCACCACCACCUGCUCCAGAGUCUGCAGCAGACUUCAGCCCAGAGAGGAGGAUGGAUUACUUCUCUGCUAGUCUGCUGGAUCAUGAAUACACAGCAGGACCAGGGCCUUUUGGCCCUGGAGGCCCUAGAGGCAGUGGAGCCAUGGCCCCUGGUGUAUUUCUCACUUCACGCCGACCUUCACUGUCUCCGCAGAACAGCAGCUCUCACUCUGGUGCAUCCCCUGCAGGUUUAGCUAGCCAAGGCACAACAGGGGUUGGCCAAGGGAGACGUCCAAAGAAAGGACUUGCAACUGCGAAACAAAGACUUGGAAAAAUUCUGAAAAUCCACCGCAAUGGCAAACUUCUUUUGUGAGAAAUAUUGGAAAUGUGGCAGAAGAUUUUUAAGUGGGAAUGAAGAAAAUUGCUUUUGUGGAAAUAGGUCUGAAGGAAAUAGAGAUAGUGAUCUAUAUUUUAUACUCUAGUUCAAUUUGUUUAUUGUUUUCACUUGUUAUUGAAUAUCAUUGUAUUCUGUCCUACACCAUUCACUCUAGCCAGCUGUUUGGCAUUCACUCAUCCAUAGUUCCAUAAAGGUAUUUUUAAAGACACAUCUGUUACUUUAAACAAUAAUAAUGUGUUAGAAACCUCGUAAUGAUCACACACCAUUUGACAUUGGCAAGGGGAAAUUGUGACAGGCAUUUCGAAAUGCCUGUCACACAAUGGACAUUGAUUUAACUAGCUAGACAAACAACCAUAAGAAAUUGAUUAAAUUUAUUUUUUUAGGCUAUUUUUAGUGACUCUGUUUAUGCAAAGACAGUCUACUGUCCAUCAUAAAUUUUUAAAAGGGAAAGACAACACGUUUUAUAGUCAGUCAAAAUAUAAUGUCUGUAGCCCUCUUGCAAUCCUAAAUACAUACAGUCAUCUACCUAUAGUAUUGUAUUUAGUUGUCUUUUACCUCAUUUUACCUCAUAAAACACAUCCUUGUGUGGGAUAAUGAUAACCGUAGAUCAGUCCUUACACAACUCUUUUGACAAAAUCCAGUGUGUGCACAUGGUUAGUGCCCAGUAUACCAUAUGUAUGUGGUUCUUUUUGGGGAAUUUGUCACUGAUGUUUGUACAACUAAUUUUCCUUCAUAUACUGUAGCUCUACAUAUGGAAUAGAAAGCACUUAACUGGUGCUAAGAGUAACACCAUACAGUUCUAUUUAUUCUGAUCAUAUUUAUUAACAGCAUUUUGCCAUCAUUUAACCUCUUUUAAAAUAUAAUGGUUUUGCCACUUCAUCUUCUUGGUCCCCACUUUAAUUAUAUUCAACCACUUAAUACCUGUAUAAAAUAAUGAUCCAUUGCUAUGUCAGAUUUUUUUACAGUUUAAGUUGCCAUUGUAAAUAUUUGUAAUAUUUGUAAUUUAUAUAGCUACAUUGGAAGAGCAGAAAAAAAUGUUAUGAAAAAGGUUCUAAGAGACUAGUUUCCUGCAAAUUGUUGUAAUUUGUUCCCCAAGUGUUGGCAGAAUUCUUGGGCCAGAUCUAGACAUGUGCUUUCUCUUCACAGAAUGUACUAGUGAUUAAAUGGGUAAUUUAGAUUUAACUGUGUGAACACAUUGUGAAGGUGCAGGAUAUUAAUUCAUAUGUAAAUACUUGUUGUAAUUUAAGUUCUUUUAUAGUUCAAAAACUUUGAAAUCUUUCUUAACAUAACUUGUACAUGACACAUUGCUGUAUUUGGUAAAUAUCUAAAAUAGUUCAUUUUUUAUAUUUGUACGCAGUAAUCGUCAUGCUUAGUUUGUCAUGUUGAUGUCUCAGUGUAAUAGUGGAAGUGUUCUGGAAAAGAAAAUGCCCUGGUUUUAUUUCAUCCAUUUAAUUUUAUAUUAAUUAUUGUUGAUAUUCACUCUUGUGUUGGUGUGUACUAUGUGUUUUAAACAUGACAUGUUUAAAUAUGACCUGGAACAGAUAAAAUACACCUUGGGCAAAA